AUGUCAGGGGCUGGUGGCCGACCACGUGCGGCAAGUGACCCAGUCGGGAUACAGGUGCUGCAACAGGCUUUCCAGGAGGACAACGGCCGCAACGUCGCCCUCUCGGGCUGGCGGGCCACGAAGAAUGUAUCAAAUCGCCAGUGGACGUUUUAUGACCAGGAGGGCAACCGUUUCCGCAGCGUCAGCGCCGCGGUCGCCGCGCUCGGCGGGGCCGUCCUGCUGCGCCGUGCGCCAGGGGGCAAGUUCCUUUGCCCCCUGGCUAGGGACGAGUCCUACACGUACAGGUUCACCCCUGGGGUUGGGCGGGGCCAGUACGUCGGCACGCUAGUGGAGCGCUCGUCGGACGAAGUUUUUUGCAGCGACCUAAGGCUGAACACCGGCAGGCGCGGCGCCAGGCUGAGGGAGGAGGCCGCGGCAGCGAAGCAGCAGCGCAGCCGGCACGGCGAGUGGCAGCCUGCGUUCUUCAUCACAAAGUCGGCGGCUGCCGCGUCUCGGGACCCCACCACCACGGAGGAGGGCCUCUUCUCACUGAUCGAGCACGAGGCGGGCGUGCGCCUGGGCCACUACGGGGGUCAGCCCCUGACCCGCGCCGACCUCCCCUCAGUGCAAGCCGCGCUGGAGGCUAACCCCGCAGACACGUUCAUGAUCAUCGGCGGCCUGCUGUUCGACGGGCGCCGCGCCCCACGCGAAGACUUUGGAGACCUGAUGCAGCUGAGCAUGUGCGGCAGGGUGGUGCAGCCGGCGGCGCAGCUCGGAUGGCCAGGGAUGUGGGCGUUCAAGGCCAACACUGCCUUCGGGCUCGGCGCGCCAUUCCAGUGCAACAUCGUCGUGACGGAGCCGCACGGCAUUUUAGCAACGACCCGCAAAAUCCAGGCGUUCGAUUUCACCAAGACGCUGGCGGAGAACGCGGGGAGUGAGCUGCUUCGGGACUACGCCUUUGGACCCAGGGCCGCAGCGGAGCCAGCAGCAACAUUAGCAGCAGGUGCGGCCGCUGCAGGGAUGGCGGCGGCUGCGGGAGCGACGGCGGCAGGAGCGGCGGCGGCGGGAGCGGCGGCCGCGGGAGCAGCGGCGGCGGGAGCGGCGGCGGCGGGAGCGGCGGCGGCGGGAGCGGCGGCGGCGGGAGCGGCGCCUGCUGUGGCGGCGGCUGCGGCAGGUGGUGCGAGGAAGCGAGGCGCAGUCGCCAAGUCCACGAAGCAGGCAGCCGCAACAGGCCCGAAGGCAGCAGCGGCGGCGGCGACGGCAAGGACGCGGGGGGCGGUGGCCAAGCCCAGCAAGCGGGCGGCAGCGACGGGCGCCAAGGCGCGGGGCGGCAAGAAGUCCAAUAAGGUCACAGCAGCCGCGCGCAUCUGA